CGCGCCUGGUGAAAAAAUUUGCUCAUCACUAGUAAAAACCAUCAGCAUUAACUGGUGAAUUAAAGAAAAUGAGCCUUAACUCUGUGUCUGUAGGAGCUGCUGUGAGACCUGUGAUUUCCUUCUCCCCAAACUGGACCCCAAUAUUCACAGGAGAUUCUGUAACUCUGACCUGUAAUGUGACUCCUACUGCCCAAGGGAACCUGGAAUAUUCCUGGUACAGGGAUGGAAAUUGGAUACCUGGGGAUCAGCAGAGACUUGUCAUUGAGUCUGCCAGAGAGACAGACCAUGGGGAUUACCAGUGCCAGGCUGGUGCCAUUGAGAAGAGCGACCCUGUUAAACUGGAUAUUAGGUCCGAUGUGCUCAUCCUGCAGGCGCCCCCUGAUGUUCAUGAAGGAGACUCCCUGUCUCUCAGGUGUCACAGUCGGACUGAAUAUGAGACAAGGAACUCAGUAUUUUAUAUGGACAAUAAGAUCAUUGAGUCCCCAGUCAGUGAGUUACAUAUAGGAAGAGUGGAUGUUACUGCGUCUGGUACAUACGGAUGUAUAAAAUACAUUAAUUCUGAGAAUCAGACUGCUAAUGCUAAACAUGACGUCACAGUCUCAGAGCUGUUCAGCACCCCACAAAUAAAAGUGAGCUCAGAUCAGGUGACAGAAGGAGAUCACAUGACCAUAACAUGUGACACAAAGCUCAGCCCACACAGAGAGACUACAGAGCUACAGUUUGUUUUCUACAGAAAUGGGCACAAAGUGCAGGGAUUCAUUUUAUCCAACCAAUAUGGAGUCCCCUCAGCUCAGCUGGAGGAUUCUGGGAAUUAUACAUGUGAGGUACAAACUCCUACCGGCAGUGUGAGGAAGAGGAGCAACAUGGAACAUAUCCAGAUACAGGGCAGACACCAAGUUAUUCUGCAGCUGAAUCUCCUGAGACUGAUAUUGUCUUUCCUAAUAUUUAUCUGGACUGUGGGUUUGAUCUUUCACCACAUAAAGACACAACAUGGAAUUGGGGAACAUCCAGUGACAGAGGAAGAUUAG